GCCAUGGCGGGACAUCAAAGGGAGAAGGUGGUCCCAGAUGAGGUCCAUCAGAACCAGAUCUUGCGCGAAUUAUACCUCAGAGAGUUACGAACCCAGAAACUCUACACGCAGUAUCAUGUGAAUCCCCUCCGAAAGGUUCACACAAUCGCCAGAAAGCCCAUGUCUUGGCAUGAUAACCUGGAGGAACCUGCAGAUGCCAGGUUUCUGAAUCUCAUUCACGACGCUGCCCAAGAACCAAGGAAGAAAUACCCAGAGACACAAACUGAAAGCCAGGAAAUUGGAUGGGACUCAGAGCCCUUGGUCAACCCAGACCAUGAUGACCGCAGGCUGAACCACUUCAGGGUCUACAAUGACAUCACUCUGUACAAGGCGAAAAUGUGGAGCCUGGGAGAAGACUAUGACCGCAAGUAGCAUUCCAGCAGUGCUGUCAAUCCUUGUAUUCCAUGCCCAAAGUGGUGCUGCCCAGAUCAAUAAAUAUUACUUUAAAA